AUGAGACUUAUCUCCCUAUUUACCGUUGUCUUCUUCUCGGCAAAUUGCGUAAUAGCGACACCAGUACAGAUCCUCAAUGGCAAGGGUCUCUCUUUCGCCGACGGUCUUCCUGAAGGUUACUCCAUUGGCAAGCUCCGCUACAGGGCCACUAUCGAUGGUCUAGUAGUAGGGUUUGAAGGAGAUUCUCGCGAAGACAUCUAUGCCCAAGUCAAGGCUAAGAGCCCCGACUUCCAAAUUCCCUACGGCAAUGCGACAGAGAUCAAGGAGCCUACAGCUUUACUCGAGUCCCGCGAUCCUUCAAACCUCAAGCCUCGCGAAUUCAUUUAG